AUGGGCACCAAGACCAUGUCCAUCUUUGCCGUCAUCCUCACCCCGAUCAACAUCGCCCAGAGCUACCUGACAUCCAGCCAGCGCGCCCGAGUAAGCGCAGGCAGCCUCCCCGAAUCGGUCAUCGAGCAACUCGUCGAGUUAUCCGGGCGCACUCUGCAGUAUAAGGAGAUGGUCGUCGUCGUCGAUUACACCGUCGUUUCCUGGAUCAUCUUGAUCCUUCUCCUCAUCGGGAUUGCCAUUGAAACCUCUAAAUUCUCUAAACCCGAAUACGGAGACAGUACGAAAGAGGAACUGAGCGCAUAAUCCAGGACUUCUACAAGAGAA